AUGUCCAACCUACACAUUCUCUGUCGAGACCACCCUCAACGGACAAUUGCGUUAGUCACGGCAGAUCAGGUCUUGGUGUUUCAAUACAGUUCCACGGAGACCAAGAACACACCCCGCUGUCAGGUGGAAUUCUCGGACGUAUCAUCGAUCGAUCUGGGCAGCUACCGUUCGCUUGGAGAUGGAUAUGGUACUCUGGGUCUCGUUACGCUGGGCGAAGAUGUCUUCGUGUGUGUGAUCACCGCCUCUUCCAAGGUGGCUACCGUGAGACCCGGCGAAACUGUGUCCCGGAUUGACACGGUUGACUUCUACUGUCUCAAUCAUUCGGAAUAUGAGUUUGGCCUGGAAUAUGAAGCAGGCUCUCAAUUCGCCGCCGAGGAGCGCGCCGACUUAGAAAGCCGGGAGACGGUGACCGACCAUCCUUUUCUGGCCCUGAAAAAGCUUCUUGGUGAUGGAAGCUUCUACUAUAGCCUGGAUUUCAAUCUCACAGAUUGCUUGCAAGACCGCUCGGACAAAUCCGCGGCAUUUGACAUUGACACACUCGAUGAAGACAUGCUGUGGAACUCGUACAUGAUCAGUCCUCUGCUCCUCUUCCGCAGCCAUCUACCGCCUUCUGAUAAAGCCAAACUCGAUUCCUCGCAGAUGCUAACCUGUGUCAUCCGAGGAUAUGCCAAUACGCUCAACGUCCCUGCGUCGAUCUCGAUCCUCCCUCAAGUGCGAACCAAUUUCCCUUCCUUGCUCACAAUUAUCUCGCGGCAAUCCUCUCGGCGCGCUGGCACGCGGUUCAACUCGCGCGGCAUUGACGACUAUGGACAUGUUGCCAAUUUCGUGGAGACAGAGACAACCCUUUGGAUUGCGCCGGGGAUCGCCUUCUCCUAUGUCCAAGUCCGAGGCUCAGUGCCUAUAUUCUGGGAACAAGCCCCAGGUCUCAUCCCUGGUCAACAGAAAAUCGAGGUGACACGAUCAAGCGAAGCCACACAGCAUGCGUUUAAUCAGCACUUCGAAGCUCUCGAACUGGAGUAUGGGGCGGUGCAUGUGGUGAACCUCCUGAGUGAGCUUAAGCCUGGAGAAGCAGAGCUGUCGGCCAAAUUCCGAGAGCACAUUGCCAGAAGCUCACUUCGGCAAAAAGAGGGUUCCGAGAAGUCUCCACGCCAUAGCCUGCUUCGCAUCACCGAAUAUGAUUUCCAGGCUGAGACGCGUGGACCGUCAGGAUAUGAAGCGAGCAACCAAAUAAAGCAUGAACUGGCUAAUUCUUUAGAUGGGUUCGCCUACUUCUUGUCGGAGGGUACUGCCCGCCCAACAGGCUCUUUCUUGGACGACAAAGAAGAUGCCAGCAGUUCCUCAAUUCUCCUCCAACAGGAAGGCGUUUUCCGUACAAACUGCUUGGACUGUCUGGAUCGGACCAAUCUUGUUCAGACCAUUAUCAGCUCGAUGGCUUUUGGUUCAUUCCUGGCGCAGCAAGGCGGGAGGCUUAGUCCGGACCUUCAGAUGCGACAUUCGACCAUCUGGGCAGACAAUGGCGACGCCCUGUCGAAAAUCUAUGCUGGGACAGGGGCCCUCAAAUCCUCUUUUACCCGGCAUGGGAAGAUGUCUCUCGCUGGUGCACUUGCGGAUGCGCGUAAGAGUGCGACGCGCCUGUAUGUCAACAAUUUCACGGACAAGGCUAGGCAAAAGACAAUCGAUCUUCUCUUGGGAAGGCUGGCCAACCAAUUACCAGUACAUCUUUACGAUCCAGUGAAUGAUUUGGUCUCCGAGGAACUCGCCCGACGUGUCUCAGAAUACUCUUCGACAAAGCACACUCGGCUCUGGGUAGGCACGUUCAAUGUGAAUGGACGCGGUGAGGGUCCCGGAACCGACCUCACUCCAUGGCUUUUCCCCGAAUCAGGUCGAUCCGAGUACGAUCCGACCAUAUUUGCGGUUGCAUUUCAAGAAAUCGUCACCCUCAGCCCCCAGCAGAUCAUGUCAACCGAUCCCAGGACCCGCAAAGUGUGGGAGAAGGCUGUCAAGGACUGUUUAAACAGACAAGCGAAGCUGAAGGGGACGCCCAAGUAUGUGCUCCUGAGGAGCGGCCAGCUGGUGGGCGCUGCCCUCAUGAUCUACGUCAGAGAGGAUGCCCUCAAGGAGAUCAAAAACGUUGAGGGUAGUACUGGUCUCUCAGGAAUCGCCGGCAACAAGGGAGGCUGUGCCAUUCGUUUCGACUUCUCCAACACUAGCAUCUGCUUCAUUACUGCCCAUCUUGCUGCUGGAUUUGCAAACUAUGACGAGCGAAACAGAGACUACGAGACCAUUGAUGGGGGACUGCGAUUCCAAAUGAAUCGAUCCAUCGCAGAUCACGACGCCGUAAUCUGGCUCGGGGAUUUCAAUUAUCGGAUUGGGUUGGGAAACCUGCAUGUCAGGGAGCUAGUCUUGCAAGGAGACUACCAGAGGUUAUAUGACAACGAUCAAUUGAAUCUUCAAAUGGUGGCCGGCAGGGCCUUUCCCUUCUAUUCGGAGGGACCCAUUGGAUUCCCCCCGACCUACAAGUACAAUGUAGGAACGGAUCAUUAUGAUACUUCUGAGAAAGCGCGUAUCCCUGCGUGGUGUGACCGAGUGCUGUGGAGAGGUACCAACCUUCGUCAGACACACUACCAAGCCGCUGACUUGCGGGUGUCCGAUCAUCGCCCAGUUUGGGCGACUUUUGACUGCCUGAUUGACGUCGUUGACCAUGCGCUCAAGGAUCGACUGAGACGAUCGCUCUAUGAGGAAAAGCAGCGCUAUGCUCGGGAAUCUCUUCCGGGGGCGGUUAGCCUUCUAGACUUGGAGGAUGAAGAGGUCUUGCCACAAGUCUCCAUUGCGCCGGGGCUGCCCCCAGCCAGUUCUGACCGAAGCAGAUGGUGGUUGGAUAAUGGAGCCCCAGUCAGAGCGACAAUACAACCACCAAAUGAGGGAUUCGUCGCAAAUGUUCAGCGCAAGUCGAAUCCCUUUUCCUUGGACAUUGAGCCUGAUUGGGUCGCAGGCCCGGGCUCGGGUGAAGAUAAACGGACCCGCGGGAGUCAAGUUGAGAGAAAGCCGGUAUUGCCCACGAGGGAUGGGGCAUUGGCCCAACCAACCGCUUCUCCAACGUCGCUAUACCAUCGCUCGGACUUUCUCAAGCUUCAGAAGCCUGCCAUUGACAAGUCGCCCCCGGUUGUACCUCGAAAACCUCUCUCGCUGAGCUCCCAGGUUGGACGUCGGUCUACCGGCGGGCGUCAUGAUCCAACAGCUUCAUCGCCACAGGGCAGUUCAGGCCAAAAGGCUCGUCUAGCACGACCUACAGAGACUGCAAAUGCAGGGGCCACUGAUCUUUUGGAUGAUGUCAUGAGUGAGAAAAUUGAGUGGAAACCACUACUUCCUCAACGAUGA